GAGAAAAGCCCUAUAAGGGGAGCGCCAGGGCAACCAAUUUGAAAACAAAAUAAAACCUAACGGCUAUAUUUUUCAUAGUGGCUACUCUCUCUAUUGCCAGAAAUUUGACUCAAAAUUUCUGCUGUUGAAUUCUAAUUCGAAAAAAAAGAGAAGUUUCAACAAGGAAGAAAAUCUUCUGGUAUGAGGCCGAACCAUGGUCGAAAGGCUCGAGUGAUAGCUAAAAUCAAAGGGUUCACAGAUCAGGAACCGGAGUCCGCCAACGAAGCUUCCGGAAAAUGGAUUUCGGUUCACAAGCCUAAGGGAGAUGACUCCGAGAUCGUCACCGUCUCUUUUGGAGACCAAUCCGCAAGUCGUAAAGAUUCAUAUGAAUUGGAUUAUUGCUAUGAUCGAAACGAGGGAAAUUCUUUGAUUUUUUCAAGAGAAGUAAAUCCACUGAUUGAAGAUGUUUUUAAUGGCCAUAAUGCCACUGUUAUUGCUUAUGGAGCAAGAGGCAGCGGAAAGACUUUUCUAAUUCAGGGUUCGGAGGAGGAACCAGGUUUAGCAGUUCUAGCCAUGACAAAAAUCCUUUUUAUGGCAGAGGAAAGUGGCAAGUUGAUUGCCAUAUCGUGUUAUGAGAUUUCGAGAGACCAUGCUUAUGAUCUUUUAGAUCCAGAAAGGCAUGAAGUUUUGGUAUGGGAGGAUGUUGCUCGCGGUAAAAUUCAACUUAAAGGACUUUCUCAGGUUCCUGUGAAGUCCAUUCAAGAAUUUCAGAAACUCUAUCUUUCCGGUCAAAAUUCAUAUAAACAACCUCAAAAUAUAAUGGCUGAACAUAGAAGCCACAAAGGCUUAAUCAUUCAUGUAUUUCAUGGCGACAAGUCUGAUGCUCUUCCUCUUGGGAAGAUGAACCUUGUUGACUUGGCAGGUUAUGAAGAUGGCAGAAAGAAAAGCACUGAUGGUGUUAUUCUUCUAGAUAAUAAUAAAAUUAAUAAGUCCAUAUAUGCCUUACAGAAUGUCGUUUAUGCUUUAAAUGCCAAUGAAAGCCAUGUGCCAUAUCGUGAAAGUAAGCUAACUCGAAUGUUGCGCGACUCAUUGGGAGGGACAAACAAGAUUUUGAUGGUCACCUGCCUGAAUUCAUCCUUUUGUCAAGAUUCCUUGUACAUGGCAAAUUUAGCUUCUCGUUCUUGUAAAGGCACCAGCAGGAUUAUACCCGACUCUACAAAGAAAACCAAAAGCAAGGUAAGACCAAUGGUGCUUUCUUCAUGCAAAAGCCGUAUACCUGGGAGUGUUUCUGCCACUGUGACAAAACAGAUUGGAACACGAGUGUGGUUUCCAGAAAACGAAGCCAACGUUAAGGCUUCUGCGAUCAAAGGAAGGAAACUUUUUGAUGAAGCAUGUCAUUCAACCAAAUCCAAGAAGGCAUCUCAGGAGGAAAGCUUGUCAUUAGAAAUUGACUCAACCAUUGAACAUACCAUGGAGGUAAACUUAACUUUUCUUUGCCAUCGUUAUGUGCAGGAAAAGAACUCCUCAGUUAUUUCAGAUGCAACAGUACCUCUUGUACAGGAACCUUCCUCUUUGCAAGCUUUUGGUGCAGAAGAAACUGACUUGCCAAUUAAGGCUUUUAGUACAGAAGAAACAAAGAUGCUAGAUAAGGUUGUUGUGACUAAUGCGGAUAAUCAUGAUGAAGCUACCCCAAAUAUCAAUAGCAAUGCAAAGGCACUUUCUUUUGUUGAAGCAGAUCAACCAUUGGAUAGGGAGAACAACUUUUUCCUAGUCAAUAAGAAUGAAUCACCACCAAUUAGUGCACGAUUGCAAGAUUUGUCCAACAGUUUGAAAUUGCUUUAUUCAUCAACUCCGUCAUGCAUAGAGAUACCACCCAAGACUGAUGUUUCAUUUGAUGGUCAAGUCUCUACUGAAAUUUUGGAGCCAAAAACUCCUGAACCCAGUUUUCCAGUUAAUGAUAAAUUGGAAAUUGCAGAUAUCAAUUGCAGUCCUUGGCAAGCAUUCAGUGCACGUAGUUCUAAAAUGAAGAACUCUCUCGUUGAUGAAUACAUCAAAUUCUUAAAUAGAGCUAGCAAAGAAGACUUGAAAAGAUUAAAGGGAAUUGGAGAGAAGAGAGCUACUUACAUUCUUGAACUUCGUGAAGAAUCACCAGAACCUUUUAAGAAUCUUGAUGAUUUGAAGGAAAUUGGACUUUCAGCAAAGCAGAUCAAAGGAAUGAUGACAAAGGAAAUUGGAGGUCUCUUCAAUUAGCCUCUUAAAGAGGAUGGAUACUGAAGAAUCUAUAUCCAAUGAGAAAAUAUGUUAGCUUGCUAGGCAACCUGAAGUUGCCAAAUGUCUUAUUUGCCUCUUUUUUUUCCUUUUUUUUUUUUUAACUAUAUGAUUUUCAGAUAUUCUUUUUCUUGAUUGCUUUCUGACCUGAAAAUGAUCUGUUAUGCAUU